GAUGGGUGAAGGCUACUCUUGUCAACAGUGGGUUUCUGUUUGUUCUGGCGGUCACGCCGGUUAAUUUCUGCUUAGUUUAUAAUCCGGCAGUUAAGCACCAUGGCAAACGUUUCCUAUCACAUUGCAAAUCUUUUGGAGAAGAUGACAUCGAGUGACAAAGACUAUCGGUUCAUGGCCACGAAUGACCUGAUGGCGGAACUGCAGAAGGAUUCCAUUAAACUAGACGAAGAUAGCGAGAGGAAGGUUGUGAAGAUGCUCCUCAAACUCCUGGAGGACAAAAAUGGCGAAGUUCAAAACCUCGCAGUAAAAUGCUUGGGUCCUCUCGUAAACAAGGUGAAGGAGUAUCAGGUAGAAAUGAUAGUCGAGAGCCUCUGCAACAACAUGGUGUCCGAGAAGGAACAGCUGCGUGACAUUUCCAGCAUCGGCCUGAAGACUGUGAUAAACGAGUUGCCCGCAGCAGCAGGGGGUGGGGGAGGACUGGCCACCGCCGUCUGCAAGAAGAUGACCGGUCGGCUCAGCGCCGCGGUGGCCCGCCAGGAAGACGUGUCCGUGCAGCUGGAGGCCCUCGACAUCCUGGGUGACCUAUUAGCUCGCUUUGGAGCCCUGCUAAUGCCGUACCAGCUGGCAGUGCAGGAGUCCCUGCUUCCGCAGCUGGCCUCGCCCAGACUUGCUGUGCGCAAGCGUUCCAUCGCAGCCAUUGGCUAUCUCGUGAUGAGCUGUAGUCAGGGUCAGUUCAACAAACUAAUGGAAACGCUGCUGGAAGAGCUUGCAAAGAACUCGUCUACGUCAACCACACGUACUUACAUACAGUGCAUUGGGACAAUCAGCCGUCAUGCUGGCCACCGUAUUGGUGAACACUUGGAGAAGGUGAUGCCAUUCAUGGUGGAAUAUUGCAAAGUCGAAGAUGAUGAGCUCCGGGAGUAUUGUCUCCAAGGCUUUGAGAGCCUGAUUAGACGUUGCCCCAAGGAAAUAUCACCUCAUGUGUCCACAAUAGUGAGGAUAUGCUUGGAGUAUCUCUGCUACGACCCGAACUACAACUAUGAUGAUGAAGAAGAUGAAAACAUGAUGGACAUGGACCGUGGGGACACGGAAGGCGAAAGCGAAGAAGAAUACAGCGACGACGAUGACAUGAGCUGGAAGGUUCGGCGUGCGUCUGCCAAGUGCUUAGAAGCAGUUGUGGCCACACGACAUGAAAUGCUGACAGAAUUCUACCGCGCCAUAUCACCCGCCCUCAUCGCUCGGUUCAAAGAGCGAGAAGAAAAUGUGAAAGUGGACAUCUUCCAUGCCUACAUGGCACUCCUGCGACAGACCCGACCCGCAGUGCAAGCCGGGGGGGAUGCGGGGGACAUCGUCGAAGGGGACGACAGCCCUCUGGCCCUCUUGAGGUCCCAAGUGGGGCCUCUGGUGAAGGCCCUCCACAGGCAGCUGAGAGACAAGGGCCUGAGGGCACGCCAGGGUUGCUUUGCUCUGCUCACCGAGUUGGUGGUCGUGCUGCCGGGAGCGUUGGCGGACCACGUUCCGAUGCUCGUGCCGGGCGUUCAGUUCUCGUUGAGUGACAAGAACUCCAGCUCCAACAUGAAGAUCGACACCCUGGCGUUCCUCAACUGUCUCCUCAUCCAUCACAAUCCUGCCGUGUUUCACGCACAUAUCGGUGCUCUUAUUCCCCCAAUCAUCAGCGCCGUUGGUGAUAGCUUCUACAAGAUCACGUCUGAGGCCCUUCUGGUGCUUCAGCAGCUAGUCAAGGUCAUUAGGCCGCUCGAUCAAGAAUCGUCAUUUACGUUCGACCCAUACGUGCAAGAUAUCUACCACUGCACUUUGGUGAAACUCAAGGCAGCUGACAUUGAUCAAGAGGUGAAAGAGAGGGCCAUCACAUGCAUGGGCCAGAUCCUGUGCUACUUGGGUGACCGGCUUCAGAUGGAACUGCAAGUGUGCCUGCCCAUCUUUCUGGACAGACUUCGAAAUGAGAUAACCCGCCUCACAACUGUCAAAGCACUCACAAAGGUUGCUGGGUCUCCCCUGAAAAUUGAUCUGUCUCCAAUCCUGGUUGACUGUAUCCCAGUGCUGGCGUCGUUCUUGAGGAAGAAUCAGCGUGCUCUAAAGCUAGCAACCCUGACAUUGAUGGAUUCCUUGGUUAAGAAUUAUAGUACGAACUUGUCCGCCGACAUGAUAAGCAUCGUGAUGAAAGAGCUUCCUCCCCUGAUUAGUGAGUCAGACCUCCACAUAUCUCAGUUGACAUUGAACUUGCUGACCUCAAUCUCGCGAGUGCGUGCGCAGUCUCUCACCUUGGUGUCGUCAGCCAUCUUGCCGGAGAUUUUGGUCCUAGUCCGCUCACCCCUUCUGCAAGGUGGAGCAUUGAAUGCAAUGUUAGAAUUCUUCCAAGCUCUCGUAGCAUCUAGUUUACCUGGUCUGAGCUUUAAGGACCUCCUUCAGAGGUUGACGGAGCCUGUCUAUCAAACUGGAAGUGGCGUUGCGCCCAUCCACAAACAGGCCUUCCACUCUAUGGCAAAGGCCGUGGCGGCACUCACCACGCAGUGCCCUGAAGAGGCUGUCCCUGUUGUGCGUCAGUUCUUGCAAGAUGUACAGGUGAGCUCGAACUGGAGUGCAGAUUCUGUACAGCUCUUUGCCCUGCUAGCCAUCGGUGAAAUAGGAAGGCACACCGAUCUCAGCGGAGUCGAUGAUCUGAUGCGUCUUCUGCUGGACUCCUUCUCCUCACAGAGCGAGGAGGUGAAAACGGCGGCCUCCUUCGCGUUGGGCAGUGUCAGUGUGGGCAAUCUUUCGCAGUACCUUCCGUUCAUUCUGAAGGAGAUCACUGAGCAGCCUCGCAGGCAAUACCUCCUCCUGCACUCACUAAAGGAGGUCAUCAGCUGCUUGUCCUCUAGUCCUCAAGCGGUACAGACCCUCGAACCAUUUGUCGAGUCUAUCUGGAACCUGCUGCUGCAGCACUGCGAAUGUCCCGAAGAAGGAGCGCGGAACGUCGUUGCGGAGUGCCUCGGACGCCUGGCACUUCUUAAGCCGCAGGACCUCUUGCCACGCCUGGAAGCCUACCUGAACGCUCCGUCUCCGCUUGCACGUGCCACGGUCGUGGCAGCGGCCAAGUGGACCCUGGCGGAGAAGCCGCGACCGCAGGUGGAUGCCCUGCUUCGACCCCAGCUGCCUCGUUUCCUUGGUGCCCUCGGCGAUCCAGAUUUGGGUGUGAGGAGAGUGGCCCUCGUUGCGUUGAACUCGGUCGCUCACAACAAACCCGCGCUCGUGCGCGAUCUCUUGGACAGCCUACUGCCGAGGUUGUACGGGGAGACGAGAGUGAGGAAUGAGCUGAUUCGAGAGGUGGAGAUGGGACCGUUCAAGCACACCGUAGAUGAUGGAUUAGACAUACGAAAGGCUGCGUUUGAGUGCAUGUACACCCUGCUGGACACAUGUCUGGAGCAGCUGGACAUCUUCGAGUUCUUGAACCAUGUGGAGGACGGCCUGAAGGACCACUAUGACAUCAAGAUGCUCACCUAUCUUAUGCUGGUGCGCCUUGCCUCCCUCUGCCCUUCGGCCAUCCUCCAAAGGCUAGAGCGCCUGGUGGAACCGCUGAAGACUACCUGUACCAGCAAGAUCAAAGCCAACUCUGUAAAGCAAGAGUUUGAGAAACAAGAUGAGCUGAAACGUUCGGCCAUGCGAGCUUUCACUGCCCUGCUUGCCAUCCCAGACGCAGACAAGAACCCGUUGAUGAACGAGUUCCUCACCCAGAUAAAGUCGACGCAGGAUCUCCAGGCCCUCUACGAGGGAAUCCAGAAGGACACGAACAACUCUGCGGUGACAGACAGCUCUAACGUGAUGGACAUCAGCUGAGGGCAACUGUAAAACCACUUUUCCCCCCACAAUUCUUACUCUUGCCACCAACCACCUCUCUCUUGCCAGUGAAGUUUGGGGAAGGGAUCGCAGCACCAGUGUGCGUUUUAUACCGAGCUCUUGGGAAAAGCUUGCAAACCUUACCAAAGUGAGACGUGACACUGCACGGAACACUUCGGGUGCACGGUGUAGGUCAUUGACUCGAGGUUGUUUCCGUGUGGCUGUGUUCGACCUCGUUGCUGAAAAGUAGGAUGUGGUGGCCCUUGUAUAUUUGCAAAAGUUGUAUUAAAGAUCAUGCUUUUGAA